GGAAUUUGGAUCCGGUUUCGGUUUCUGUAAAUAUUCCAAAAUAUUGACUCAGACAGGUUGUUGACAAAAAGUAAAGGAAAGGAAGUACAUUUUGCCGGUAACUUAUGUGUUUAGCGAGUGUAAUUAUUGGCCUACAUACACCGGCUUUUUAAAAAAUCGAUAUUUGGCUAAUAAUAGAUUUGAAGCAAGUUGGUCGCUGCUAGUGCUAGCAUAUCACAGUAUCAGUCAGUCAUAUCAUAUCUAAUACUAAUAUUAUCCGAAUCUGAUCUACGAUAAGGUAAGUAAGUAUUUAAGUAGCAUAUUCUUCAACGGCCACGUUCUAAGUCGAAACUAAUAAAUAAUGACUUACUACUUACUGUUAUUAUCAUAACUUAUAAUUUAUAAUAGGCUGUACUUUUUAGUGUCUUAUUAGUCUUACUUAGGUUACACUUGCCUUUAGCCUUUAGGCUUUAUUUCCUCAUACUCAUAUUACUAUUACUAUUAUAAAAAUUAUUACUGAGCAGGCCUAACUCCACUUAGACUUAAGUUUAAGUCUAAAUUGGCACGUAAUUGUGAAUAAUUGUGUUAGUAUUAUUAUUAUAUCUAAUUUUACUAUUCUUAUUUUAACUUUGAAAUUGAAGUUGAUUAAAAUUUGGCCAAGUUAUAUUUUAUUAAUUUUUACUGAAGUAUAAAAGUAAAGUUAAAGCCUUAUGACUUAUGCCUUAUACUUAUAAUAAACUAACUUAUACUUGACUUAUUAUAUAUAAGUUGAUAUAACUUAAUAUAAGUAUAACUACUUAUAUUAAGUUAUAUCAACUUAUAUAUAAGUAUAAGUUAUAGUAUAUCCUAUUUUAACCUAAAGUUAAAGUCUAAAGUAAAGUUUUAAGUUAAUUUAUUUGAGUGUAAGUGUAGGCCAGGCGUAUUAAUAUCAUAGUCAUAGUAAUAAAAACACAUAUCAGAUUUUAUUUGCCAUGCCAUGGCCAUGGCUACUACAAGUAGAAAAAGAAGGCCAAUGAAAAUAUUUUGAAUUGCUCCUGAAAUUCUGCAGUAAUUAAGUAAUUAUGUUAAAUAAGGUCAUCUCUACUUCAAAAUAUUAACACAUGUCAUCAAUAUUUAUUUUAUAACUCAGUAAAUAAUGCCUCUCCCGGAUGGUGUCAGAUUGCCAGUUUCUAUUUAUGAAUCUGUGAGUUCUAAGGAUGUUGUCAUCCCUGUCAAAGAAUCAGUGGCCAAAGUAAGUAAUUAGGCUGUGGCUAUUGGUAGUAAACUACCAGUAGCGUCUAGAGAGCUAUUGGUACUCCACUACUGUAGCUUCUAAGCAGCUAUCGGUAGUUUACUAUUAAAAAAAUCUACAAACUGGUGAUAGACUGAUGUAGUGCAAUAAUUAUUGGUAUUCACAAUUUAUUUUUGUUUACAACACUGAAAUCAGUCUAAAGUAUGAAUGCUGCCAAAAAAACAUGUGCCAAAAUUUUUUAUUGUUUUCAUCUAGUCUCAUAAAUUCACUCCAAUCGGAUUUUCAAGACAUAAUACACUCGUUUUUCUUUCUUUGUAAAUACUUUAUUUUAUUUAUUUAUCACUACUAAGGUUUUCAUCAAAAUUAUGUGCAGUUUAAAACAUUGAUUCUGCAUGAUCUGCUUGACAUAAAGAAAUAAAUAGUAAAUUGUGAUUCCUAGACAUUAAUUGAUUAAUUUGUGUUUUAGUUGCACACUAUACCCAAUGAAAUUUUUUAUUUGUAGAUUAAAAUAUCGAUGUCUUUAUAAGUUAAUGAGGGCUCAUUUAUGUAAAUAACACUCAGAAGACAAUUCUCCCAAAAACAGAAAAUCAAAAGCAGAGCGUGGGGGGAGGGGGGGGGGGAGAGGGGGGUGGAUGUUGGUUCAAGUGACCAUGUUCCUAAACAAUGAUUGGCCUAAGCUUAUUUUAUCAUACUUAAAAAGCCUAAUCACGUUAUUAUACAUUUUCAUUUAACUAAAGUAAAAAGAUUUUGAUUUUAAGAUGCACACUUUGUAUGCAGUAAAACUUCUUAUGGUAAUUAUUUAGGCCUGUAUUUUAAUUUAUAAUUUUAAUCAAAACAAUUAGCACACACAAAUGUUUACAGCUGGAUUUUAUUUUUACUGCACAUCUUACUUUGGCCUUGGCCAAGAAGGAGCUGGGUACAAAAAAUUCAGACUAUAAUCCCCUUCCCCCCAGUAUCAUACAUUUAUCUAAGAUCUAUUUCAGGUCUAUAUUAUAAAUUAUACAGCAAUAUAGCCAAAUCUGAGCGUGGGGAAGGCUACAGCAGAUAGAGUUAAAACUUUUAAAACAGUACUGUAGAUUUUAUAAUUAGUGACUAGUACAAACUACAAACUAGUAAUAAAUGAACGGGCCAAUACUUCGCCAGCCUCAUUGGAAGCGGGUAUUUAAAGCUCAGAUUUUUGUUUGAUUUGAUUGGCUGGACUACCAAUAGCUCUCAAGAAGCUAUUGGUAGUUUACUACAAAUAGCUCCCUGACCCUAACUAGAAGCUGUAGGUAGUAAACUACCACUAGACACUUUCAAGUAAUUAUUCAGAGCAUUAGAGCAGAAGUUUAAAAGUUGGCUUUGACUCCAAGCUCCGGCUCCAGCUCCGACUGUGGAGCAGCUUCAAAUAAUAAAACAAAUCAUAAUAAAUGUACAUAUAACAUAGUAAAACAUUUUUUAUUAUAUUUAAAGGAAAAUAACUUAAUUAAGUAUAAUAAUUCUGGUAUAACUUUAAUAAUCAGCAAAAUCUUGAUUCAUCCUGAGAAAUAAAGUGAGUUAAAUUAUCAAAAUAUAAAUAAAUUUAAAGAGCACAUAAUAACAUUGGUAGUUGGAAUAGAAGAUUUUCUAUGGAGCUGGAGCCAAAUAUGUCAGCAAAUAUUUCGGCUCCGGCUCUGCUACAAGUGAAAACACUAGCUCCGGGCCGCUCGGGCUCCAAAGCCCUGUAAUCAUUAUUAGUAAUUAGUAUUUCCUUUUGUACUUGCAUAAAAAAAGUAAGUAAGUAAGUAAAAAUUAGCAGUUAAUUAUAGUUUCCCUCUAAAAGUUACCUACUAGGAAAUAAGAUUUGAAAAAUUCAUUAUGGGAAAGUUGAGUGUAAAAACGAAUAACUAGAUACUACUAAAUAUUUCAAGACAAAUAUUUUAAUCUGUUUAAGUUCCAGACCAACAGAUAAAUUUACAAGUGAGUCCUUAUCUCAACACCCCCCAUCAUAUCCAUAACCCCUGGCAACAACUUAAGUGUCUUGCACGCUGAUUUCCUGGAGACGCUAGCUCAUCUGUUGACUUCUGCCUAGCACUGAAUUUUUCCAGGGUAGACCAGGGUGGCAGGAGAGUCCUAUGUUAUGACCAUGUUAUAUGGCACAGCCUAGCAGAUGGAGCUGUUUGCCAGCAUACUAGCCAGAGCUUUAAGAGUGUAGGAUCAAGCCUCAACUAGUAGAUGUAUAUUAGUGUCUUGGGAAAAAGUAAGAUAUUUAAAGGACAAAAACUGAGUCAGUACCAACCGAAGCAAAAUAUUAGCAUGCUUAAUUAAUAUUUCUAAUGCCAUUUUCCAAAUUUUAUUUGACACAAAAGUAUAAACCUAUAUUAUUAAAAAUUAAACAUUACAAAUGCUUAGAAGAAUACAUUGUUGUUAUGUAUUUUAUUACAGUGGCAGUAACAUAUCUAAAUUAAUUGAAAUUUUGUGAAGGUUAUAUUAAGUACCGGUAUAUAUUUUUAAAUUAUUUAAAUUGAUGCUGGUAAAAUACGAUUUAAAAACUAAUAUACCAGAAUCAUCUUCUUUUUUAUAUUCAGUUGAAAAGACAGUUGAGUUUUGGACCACUUGAUGUAGUUAAAGACUGUCCCAUGCUCCUCAGAUAUCAGGAUGGAACCUUGCAGUUUAUUCCUGAAGGGGAGCACUUUGGUGAUCGACUUGUUCAGGCAAAGGAGAUCAUUGUACUGAGUGACAAGUGAGUCAUUUUGUUUAUAGCGACUUUCCUUAUUGAAAAAAAAAAAUGAUUGUGGAGGAGAGCCAUGAGUGUCCAUCCCUAUCACACCCCACCCCACACCAGCCUGGAGGAAAGCCGGCUUAAUGCUUUGUGAGGAGCUAGGGCAGCGGUUCUCAACCUGUGGGUCACGACCCUUUUGGGGUCAAAAGACCCUUUCACCGGGGUCGCCUAAGACCACCGGAAAACACAUAUACCCUACAGUUGUGAGUAUCAACGAAAAUUAUUUUGUGGUUGGGGGUCGCCACAUGAGGAACUGUGUUAAAGGGUCAUGGCAUUAGGAAGGUUGAGAACCACUGAGCAAGGGCGAAACCCACGGAGAUAAAUUUUAAAAAUGUAGAAUUAAAAAGCGAAAAACAAAAUCAAAUUGUGAAACACAGAAAAUUGUAAUAGAAUGUAACGAGCGGUUUAAGACUCCCCACCCACCCCUUAAUUAGAAAAAUAUUUAACAAGCUAGAAACAAGAAUAAGAGGAAAAUUGGAAAUUAUAGUGGUUUUUUAAAAAUAAUUUGGGUACCAUAUAUUACAGCAUACAAUGAAAGAUUUGCGAGAAAUGAUUGGUAAAAAUGUAACUUAAAGUUCGGGAUUCUCAUUACAUGUGAAUUAUGUUAUACACUGUAAUAAUGUAAGGUAAUCUUUAGCAGAUGUUGAGUUUUUAAUCUUUUGAUUCAUUUCAGACAUUUGAAUCAUCAAAAUUCAGCCCAUCACAUCACCAGUGACCAGCCAUGUAAGCUUGCAUUCAUUUUAGGAUACAGUAAUUCAAAUUCUAAUUAGCAGAUUAAUUCAAUAUGAAGAAUCAGUAAAAAUUCUAAUUUUAAUAAGUUUUUUUUGUAGCCUAUUUAUAUAUUGUGCCCGGGCAGUUGUUCGGGAUGAUGGAUCUCACUAAAUUUUCUAACGUUCUCCAGAUGCCUGGUUUGAUGCCCUUCCAGAGCUGACAAAAAAUACCAGGAUGACGCCGGGGAUUGCAUGUCUGAUCUCCAACUGCUUCGGGGAAUUCUGGGAAAGCGUUAUCCAUCGUCUCGGCUACACCCCCCAGAAUAUUGAGAUUGAGCUCCACAAUGCCGAGAAGAAUGUGUGCAGAACGAUCACCAAUUUCCUGACCAAGUGGUCAAACAGGGACCCUCAGAAUGCCACGCUCGGUGCCUUAAUGGCACAACUGAAACUGAUUUCCAUGAGUGGGUGCACUGUAAUAAACUGGGAGCGUCUCCAGCAGCUUGUUAUGGCUUUAGGGAAGUAAUCUGUAGACGGCAAGGUCACGUUAUGAGUUCACCACGGUGACCUUGAACUGCUGACCUGGAACUGCUGACAAGUUUCAGUAUUAUAUUUAUGUUAUGCGUUGCAUGCCUUUCAAGAGAACUGUUGCUCUUUACACAUCAAAAUUCUUAGCACCCGUUUUGGGAGACACAGAUUGGAUUUUGUAAACGGACUGGCCGUUAAUAACUAACAGUAACAUGUGUUCAGAUAACCGAGUUCAAUUGGGAAAUACUCCUUUGUUGCAAUCAUGAUAAAACUUAAGAAUUGUUAUCGUUGAGUUAAAUGAGAUUUAUAAAAAAAUUUUUAAAAAGCCUGGCCUUCCUACUUACACAGAUGUUUUUUAGCUGAUUGGUGGAAACAAAAUAGAACUUAUACUGUACUUAAAACUAUAAUUCAUGAUGUCACACCGUCUAAGUCAGUCAGUUGCCUGUUUUCACAUUGACAAGUUGAGUCAUAUAUUUUUUUUUAUUUUUUUUUCAAAUAUGUUAUAUAUAUAUAGACUAUAUACUAUAUUCAAUUUGAUUGUGUUCAUUUUUUAAAUUUUAAAAAUUGAUGUCCAUUAACACAUUUUGUAUCAGUAAUUUCCCUUUUCAACUGUACACAAAUUUUUGAAAGCUUUGUCUCUACUAUGAAAUUUACGGUUGUAGUCGGGGGGCAGUGUUGCUAUGCAGUUCUUCUUGGCAGUAAGUCUAGCUGCAUGACAGGUAAGCCUUAUGCUGCCAAUGUCCGAAAGGACUAGGCUAGAAAAAAAUUUUCUAAUAGAAAUAUAAAAUAAAAAAGCAAAAACUUGUCACCAAUGCUGGUGUGUGUGUGGGCGGAACUGAGUUAAAACCCCCGCCUGUCUCAUUUAUAGUAUCCUAUUAUAUGAAUUCCAUUUAUUUGAUAUCAUUGAGCCAGCACCUAUUUCCCUUCCGCUCUUCAUUAAAUUUUUGUUCACAUCUCUGUGCAUUUCUGGGAUAUGGUUUUAUAAUAUAAGUACAUAGUUUUAUCAUCUUAUCUCCAUUAUUUUUUUCCCGCAAAAAAGUAAUUAAAUGUUUACUAAAUAUUAAAGCUGCUAGUCUAAAUAAAACUUAUAUCUUUCUAGGCUAGUAUGAUGCUUAAAAUCAUAUGGCAGCUUUUUAACGAUGUGACCUGGUAUAAAAUGGCUUUUAGCAGGGCAAAAACCAGGUUGAAAGAAAGACACAGAUCUUGCAUUGUUUAUUUUUCAUUAUUAUUUUAUUAAAUUGUCAUCAGAGGAGGAAAAUUAACUAGUCCUGGUACCUGCAUAAGUUUUAAAAACUAAAGUGUUUUCCAUCAUGAAACAUGAAACUAAAGGUCAUUCAAUUGACUAUCAUCAUUAAAGUUCUUGGAUAACGAUACCAAAGAGUUAAUAAUCAAUUACUAUUAAUACUUAUACUAAUAAUUUAUUGUGAUUUUCAUGCUUUUAAAAAUAUUUUGUUAUAUUAUUUUUUAUUUUUUUUGCCUAAUAAUUUUGAUAUUCAUUUGAAUUUUUUAAAUAAAUUUAGGGCCUAAAUUUUCGAUUGUUUUGUACUUUUGCAGAAAGCUGUUUAAAAAAUCUAACUAAUUAUACAAGGAAUUUUAAUAUUUUAUUAAAAUGUUUCUGUACUAGACCUGAUGAUCGUAAUCGUAUUCAGACAUCCACUGAGCUUCACAUCUAUUUUAUGUGGAGCACAGCUCAUCUAAAGUGAUGGAGUAGACAAAUACUAAGGCUUUUACAAACUGUGUUCCAUUCACAUGAAAUACCAGAGGAAAUUAUGAUAUGACAACAGAGAUUUUAAGGUGAUUUUCAUAGUAUAUGUUAUCAUGCAAAGAGUUGAUUACAUAACACGUUUUAUUUGGUGGGCAAGCUGAUAAAAACAACACUGGGGAAGACACAUUUCUUUGUCCUGGCAUGCCCCUGGUGUGUCCUGGUUUGUCCUGUUGUGUCCUGGCUUGCCCCUGAUGUGUCCUGGCUUGCCCCUGAUGUGUCCUGGCUUGCCCCUGGUGUGUCUUGUGUUUUCCCUGGUGUGCCUUAGUGUGGUCACGGCUUACCCGCGUGUGGCUUACCCGCGUGUGUCCUGGUUUUCCCUGAUGUGUCCUUUCAUGACUGCACCACCACAGUGGUUCUCAUGUUUCAACAUGUGACAGGAACUUAUUUGAUUUUGGACUUCAGCAUUGUAUAAAAUGUAAAUAUAUUUCAUGUUUUAAAAUCUUUAAAACUGAUAUAUUAUCCAGCUAUAUCCCAAAUGUCACAAUUUUUAGAUUUAAAAAAAUAUCGUUGAUGUCGGAACUUUUGUAUAUGCCAUGUUGUUAAGUAAGGCCAUACAAUGAAACACUGCGAUUUGUACAUUAAAUUUUUACAUUUUACAAGCA